AUGACAACCUCAACUCCAGCCCCAACCAUGCCUCCCAACCUCAACCUCCAAACCCUCUUCACCUCCCUCUCCACAAAGAACUGGACCCUCCUCCGAGUCCUCAAAAGCGCAAACCCGCACGACAUCAACGGCAACCUGCACGGCACCGCAUCCUUCACCUCUCUUCCUGACACCACCACCACCACCACACAAGAUCCCCCCGCCCCGCAGCGCCAACUCCUCUACACCGAGACGGGCACCCUGCCGCCACACAUUGGACAUAAUCUCCAAUGGAAGAAGAGUUAUAUCUGGAGGUUGAAAUCAUCCACAGCUACAUCUACAGCUACACCUACAUCUACAGUUAAGGAUGAUUUAUCCGUCUGGUUUGUGAAAGUGGGUGAUGAGAAGGUCGCGGAUUAUUUGUUUCAUGGGAUGGAGUUUCUUCUUGAUAGUAAUGAAUCUGGGAGUGGUGGGGAUGAGGAAGGGGAUGGGGAGGAGUUUGUGAGUGCGCCGGUGCCGCCAUCUAUACCUGGAGGAGGAGGAAGGGGAGGGGAGCUGGAUACGGUGGUGGUUACGGCGAGGGGAAAUCAUCUUUGUAUUAAUGAUAUGUAUCGGACGGCGUAUGCGUUUCGGGUGGUCAAAGGGGAUGGAGAUGGGGAUGGGGAUGGGAUUGGGGAGGUGGUUAGUUGGGCGAGUAGACAUGUGGUUAAAGGGCCGAAGAAGGAUCAGGAUAUUGUGAAUUAUUAUACGGUGAGGGAGGGGGUUUAG